AUGGGCGGCGGGGCGGCGGCGGGAGCGGCGGCGGAGUGGUCGGCGGCGGCGCUGGCCUCGCAGGCGCUGGCGCUGCUGCUCAUAUUCGCCCUCUCGGCGCUGGGCAACGGGGCGGUGGUGCUGGUGAUCGCCCGGCACCGGCAGCUCCGCACGGUCACCAACGCCUUCGUGCUGUCGCUGUCGCUGUCGGAGCUACUGGGCGCCCUGCUCUGCUUGCCCUUGGCCUUCCUCAGCUUGCUCGGCCGCCCACCCGGCGCCUGGCUUUUCGGGCAGCGCCUCUGCCUGGCCAGCGCUGCCCUCCACGCCGGGCUGGGCAUCGCCGCCACCCUCACCAUGACCCUCCUCUCCUUCGACCGCUACUGCGCCAUCGUCCGCCAGCCCCGACACAAGAUGGGCCGCCGCCGCGCCGCCCAGCUCCUGGCCGCUGUCUGGCUAGCCGCCCUGGCCCUGGCUGGGCCCUGGUACGGGCUGGCAGGCGAGGGGCAGCAGGAGGCCCGGCCUGGGGCCUACCGCUGUGUCUAUGUGCUGCCCUGGGGCUCCUCCCGGCUGGGGCCGCCCUACGGGGCAGCCCUCAUCGUGUUCUGCUACCUCCUGCCCUUCGCCCUCAUGUGCUUCUGCCACUACAACAUCUGCCGGACGGUGCGGCUGGCCGAGAGCCGCGUGCGGCCCCUCACCACCUACGGGCACUUGCUGCGGGCCUACGGGGAGAUGCGCACGGCCACCACCGUCCUCCUCAUGAUCGUCUCCAUCAUCUGCUGCUGGGGGCCCUACUGCAUCAUGGGGCUGGCCGCUGCCGCCGGCUGCCUGCCCUUCUCGCCCACCAUGGAUGCUGUAGCCAGCGGGAUGGCCUGGGCCAACGGCGCCAUCAACCCCCUCAUCUACGCCGCCCGCAACCCCAGCAUCUCCAUGCUGCUGCGGCACAGCCGCGAGGGUGGCUACAGGACUAGGAACAAUGUGGCCGCCUACCUCUUGGUCCCGGGCCACCAGCAGGAGCCCCGGAACCGGGCUGACCACAUCCGGGAACGCUACGUCAACAAGCACAGCGGCCUCCCGGGCAGCGCCCCAUCCUCCUCCAGCCCAGUGAGUGGGGGCGAGGUGGCCAUGUGGGCCUGCAAGAACCCCGCUGUGCUCUUCUGCCGGGAUGGGCAACCGGACACCGUCUCUGAGGCUGCCUUGCAGGCCAAGGUGGACACUGUUGACACCAGCCUCUGAAGGGAUCAGGGUCCAGGAUGGAGGCAUUGGGUCCCAGGGCUGUCUCCCUGAGGAAAUGUGGGGAGUCUUUUGCAGCCAAACUACCAGGAAGUUGGAGUGAUGGGACUGCAUGAGCCGCAGGGUGGAUUUUUCUCCAUUGCGUGGGCUCUGGUUUGGUUACCCAGUCUGCGAGCAGCAAGAACUCCACAGGGAAAGGAACUGCCCUUUCUCUUUCAGCAGGCCUGGUGCACUGGAGGCAGCUGAUGUGCCCAGCCAGCAUAAGAGCUGCCUGCAAGAAGAAACAGCAUUUGCUCCAGUCCUGUAGAAAGUGCCACAAUGAAGCUAAGAAACAGACACAAACACAGCCAAAAUUAACUGACUGGGCGAGCUGUUUGUUAAGUGCCAAACAAGCAAUUGAGAGCUGAGCACUGGCAGCUGGAAGACACUGGAAACACCACACUGUGAAAACUGCAUCAUGGCAGGAAAAUGUUGCUUUAAGCCAUUAUAUGUGGAAGUGCUGAUAGAAAGUCAUAGAUGGUAGGACAGGCUAAAAAAGUGAUCUAUUAAUAUGAUAUAUUUUUUUUCCCAAACUCCUAAGCAUAACAAAACACUAAUUGUUGUGAAAGGGAAGAUGUAUGAUACCAGGAAGGAAGGAAAGGAAGAUGAAACCUCAGUUGUCAGAAUUUCAGCAGCACUUUUUUUUUUUUUUCUUCAGGAACACAGCUUAAAAUACUGUGAAUAUGAGAAAUGAGAGUUCUUCAGACAGACUGAGGAAAAAGGUUGUAGGCUAUGAUAUCACUCAGUUUGUGCACAAGGUGUGUGUUUUCUUUUUGAGCUCAUCCGAAGUCUCUCACAUCUCUAAGGUUUUAACCAUGUUUAGAGGAGCCAUGCAAGAGAGGUGAGUAUCUGAAAGCAGGGGUAAAGCAAUACCAUGCCCUCUUCAUGUGCUUUCAGGCAUGUGAAAAUGUGCAUAUGGAGAGAACAGGUAUUGUUGUAUUGAUGGCAGCAAUCCAUUUGGAGUAUAAUAUUUAAAAGCCAGCUAGUGAAAAAAAGGAAAAUAACACAAUGGAAGUGCAGUUGCACAACAUAAAUUCAUAUGAAUUUGUCAGUAUAAUUUUAUUAUCCAAAGGCCUAAAGCCUUAAAUUAGUAUUUUGAAUCAGAAACUAAGAUUGGGCCUUCCUUUAUCUUUUGCUUUAUCUUCCUUUAUCUUUACCAGAUACCAUCUUUACCAGUUAAGUGUGAAAGACGGGCAGUGUUUUCCCUUGUACAGGCUUUAAAAAUACAGUGUUACUCUUUUAUCAGCUUUCUCAACUGUUUGUGACCCUAGUGAACAUACUAUCAUUAUUUUGUAAGGCAAGAAAUAAAUUGU